CCCGCUCAGUCCACAGUCUGCGAGAAGAUCAUGGAGCUGCUGGGGCAGAACGAGGUGGACCGCCGGCAGCGCAAGGUCCUCAUCCUCAGCCAGGACAGCUUCUACAAAGUGCUGACCGCCGAGCAGAAGGCCAAGGCGCUGAAGGGGCAGUACAACUUCGACCACCCGGAUGCUUUUGAUAAUGAUUUGAUGCAUACAACCCUGAAAAGUAUUGUUGAGGGGAAAACGGUCGAGGUACCAACGUACGACUUUGUGACCCAUUCUAGGCUGGCAGAGACAACAGUGGUCUAUCCCGCUGACGUUGUCCUCUUUGAGGGGAUCCUGGUUUUCUACAAUCAAGACAUUCGGGAUAUGUUCCAUCUCCGUCUCUUUGUCGACACGGAUUCUGACGUCCGACUGUCCCGCAGAGUUCUGCGAGAUAUGAAACGUGGGAGGGACCUUGAGCAGAUCCUCACACAGUACACCACAUUUGUAAAGCCCGCCUUCGAGGAGUUCUGCUUGCCGACAAAGAAGUAUGCAGAUGUGAUCAUCCCCCGAGGAGUUGACAACAUGGUUGCUAUAAACCUCAUAGUGCAGCACAUUCAAGACAUCCUAAAUGGAGACAUCUGCAAGUGGCAGCGAGGGGCAAUGAAUGGACAUGGUCGGGCCUACAAGCGCUCGUUCCCUGAACAAACAGAGAGCACCAGCGUGCUAGCGGCCGGCAAACGCUCCCACCUGGAGUCCAGCAGCCGUCCACACUAACCUGUCAGUGUGUGAAGGAUUUGGCUCUGGUCCAGACUGAUGCUGAAGACCGCUUUGGGAACGAAGGACUUCAGCAGAGUGGUUGGUGAAGUGCCCUUUAAAUCAUCCUACCA